AUGGCGGCGGUCAUCAAGGAUAACGAGUGGGAGGAGGGGAGAGGAAACCUCCGGGAAAGAAUAAUCGAAACCGGGUCCAAAGGGAGUAAAGCUGGCGGCGAAUCGUUCUGGCUGAAAGGAGACUUCGAGGAGCUGCUCGAGGUCGAGGACUCUCAGGAAACCGGAGAGAUCGAGGACCCUGAUCGCUUCGAAUUCGAGCAGAGGAUCAGCGAUUGGUCCGGCGUCGACGAGGACGUCGACGAGGCUGAGGAAACUGGUGAGGAGGAAGAAGAAGGAACCUCGACAGUGAGCCUUGCCGCCGAGGGCGUGGAGGUGGCCCCCAGCUUGCGCAUGCUUCAGCAACCCAGCGGUACAGGAUCGGCUUCAGCAUCACCCUCGUCAUCCACCAUGUUUCCUCAGCAAUACUGCCUAAGAUGGAAGUAUCACCACAGCAACCUGCAGACCAUGUUCUCACAGCUCCUCGAGCGGCAAGCGUACUGCGACGUCACGCUCGCCUGCGAGGGUAAAACGCUACGAGCACACAAGGUCGUCCUGUCGGCAUGCAGCACGUACUUCGAUACGAUUUUGUCGCAGUACGAGGAGAAGGACCCAAUCGUUAUCAUGCGCGAUGUCAAAUUCUCCGACAUCAAGGUGCUCGUGGAAUUCAUGUACAAAGGAGAGAUCAACAUCGAUCACACGAGGCUCUCGUCGCUCCUGAAGACCGCGGAGGACCUACACAUCAAGGGUCUGGCGGAGGUGAGCUGGCGCAGCGACUCGGCGCAGAACGACCUGAGCAACAGCGGACACAGCCCCGGCGCGGCGCCCCCAGGGGUGGAGACGGUCCUCAGGGAAGGAGACGCCGACGAGCCGCCGCCCCCCAAGCAGCGACGCAGGGGUCGUCCUCCUCUCGACGAUCCCCCCUCGGCUCACGAUGUCUUCACUCCGAAGGUCACCUGCAUAACUGGCAAUGUAGGCAUCGAAGACAGAUUCUCUUUGCGCCAGGAGGAGAUGAUGAGCGAGGGCGACCACGAGAGCUGGGAGGACGAGAUGAUGAUGUCCGAGAACAAUGAAACAUCACUGCCAGUGCUUUCCUACUUGUCCAAAGACGACAACACCUCCGACCAGGAGAAGAGAGUAGCUUCUGCUCAGCCGAACUCGAACGCCACGAAUCCGGCGAUCCCCGAGCAAUUCCGGGACGUCGUGAAGAUGAACGACUAUCUGACGACGGGACGCCGCCAGGAGUUCUGGGAAGAGCCGUUUACAAGACGCGUCAUGGACGCCAUUAAAAGCAAGGAACUCGAGAUGAAGACUGCUGCUGAGAUACUUGGCGUCUCCUACGGAACCCUCUACGGCAGAUACCGCGACAGCUACGGAUGCCUUAAACACCCUUACAGAGUGAGAGACUUCUGGUCCGAGCCCGGCCCAGCCGAGGUCCUGGCCAAGCUACGGAGGAAGGAGAUCACGCUGUUCCGGGCGGCGGAAUUCCUGAACGUGACCGUCCACACCCUGGCGACGUACCUGUCGACGCUCCAGGGUCCGGACAGGAUCUCCCUGGCCGGGGAGCUGAGCGGGGCCGGGGGCACGGUCGACGGGAACAACGAGACGGAGUCCGAGGCGGUGAACGACAUCCUGCAGAAGAUCAACGCGAACGCGGCGACGGCGGCGACGCCGACGACCUCGACGACCAUCAAGCGCGAGGGCGGCGGCUACGUCGAGGUGCCGGCGCCGGUCGCCAAGGCGGCGACCUCCGUCCUCGAGAACAACCCCGACAUCACGAUCGUCAAGACGGAGAGCGUGCCCCGCAAGAGGGAGUACUCCAAGGUCUCGAACAUCGAGAACAACAACGCUAAGCUGAUGAGCGGCGGCGCCGUCAGCGAGGUGUCCCAGCAGAAGCUCGCCGACCCGCUGUCGCUCAACAACGACAACAGCAAACCCUAACUGUUCAGGCCGUACUUGACCCCGGCCAGUCCCCGAGUACCCAACGCCAACGUCUACAGAUCUGAGUUCUACCACCCGCGCAGAUUUUACUCGAACGUAUUCACCCGCUUCUUCAACAACUUCCACCUCAAGUAGAGGGGCGAACCCGCGACCUGCCGGGGCCGUUUAGUUGCCAGCUAGUGGCGCUGAAGUCGGCGCGGUGGUCUAGGGAAUCCGUUGCUCGACCCGUGGUCCAGGAUGUCCUAGGCUGGAUCUUUGGGAUCGGUUUUGGAGACACCGCGGUCACGGGUCGGGUGACAUUGGUGACAGCGACCCGGAGGGACCACGUGGCGAUUGACAGCUCGUUACCGUUGCCAUCGUGACAUUCUAUACAUUGGCGAUCCCAUGGGAAACGUUUUCGAUGAUCCUAGGGCAUUAAGAGAUAUCCUUUGAAAGUACUCAUCUUCUGCGCGGUGGUCAAGUCGAUACGUCGUUUCUUUAGAUUAAGGCAGGAUGAAAGUGGCGUCUUAAAGGGCUCGUUUGCGAAACUUCUCCGCGAAUUGGAUGCGCCGAGUCGUGUGAAACUUCUCCUGGUGCAUGUGGAGACCCCGGAGGAUCCCACCCACCCGUGGAAUUCCAUAUUUUUUAAAUUUGUUUAUAAGCGUUUCUUCUUAUUUUUGAUAGAACAUGAAAUUUCAUGGGUGUCUCGAAACCUUCCGUUCUUCAUGUUCGCGUGAUGAAGUCUUCCACGAGUCGAUACAUCCAAUGCAUAGAGAAGUUUCAUAAAUGAUGACUCUUCGGUUGUCAAAUUGAUGAUCACAUGAUUAGAUUAGAUCGUGAUUAGAACAAUUCUUGCGGGGAUCUCGUGUGGAGGAUCUAAGCGUUUCCCAUGCAAAGCCUGACCCUCGACGUCGCAGGACUAUGCGAAGCAACCACUGCGGUGCGAAGUGGAAGGGCCUCCUGGAAGCCACUCCUAGAAAAGAACUUCCCAGCCGUAAAAGACGUUUUUACCACAUUUACCCCGAUAUUUAUGUACCUUAGAAAACACUAUACCUGAGACAAACGAGCCUCGCCGUCCGGCGACGUCGACGACGUUCCGAAUUCUCGCGGGGAUUCGUCCAUGGCGUUUCCCUCCGGGUCGCCGAAGCGUCCCCUCGACCUCCUCACAUGGGUUCGCUCCUCUUCGUCGGGUGUAAGGAUCUUUGGCCUUCGCAGAAAAAAAUGAAACGUAUAAAGUUCAAUCGAAGUUCCUUUUCAAUAAUCGAGACGUAGGAAGUAUCGCAAAGAAGCCUAGACUAUUUUCUGCCGCGUGUAUUUGUACGUUUGGGCGUUGAGAGAGAGAGAGACAAAGCGAGAAACAAUUGCGACAAUACCUCCUAUUCAGAAGAGUUGUAGAGACCGAUCAUAGCGAGCCCGGGCUGGUCAAAAGGAGAGAGCGACCCGGCUCCGCGUAGCGACCUCCACGAGGAAGACGAAGAAGAAGAAGACGAAGAGGAAGAGGAACAAAAGACGCGACAAAGUCCUCGUUCCCCCCUCUGAGCGGGGCCGACGUCACACCGCAAAUCCCGAGGGUCCUCCGAGCAGGGAAAAGCCUUAAGAAAAAAAAAAAAAGAUGAAGAAGAAACCGCAGAAGAUUUAAGAAACGACGAGAGAGAGGAGAGAAGGAAGUAGAACACGAGGAGAAUCCCGCGUCGAGGCGCGAGUAGGUUUUCGCGGACCGGCAGACUGGAUUGUACAUUAACUCCGUCUCGUUGUCAUGAUUGAUGUCUUGAUUUUUUUUUAUUUUCUUUUUAUUCUCCUUUUCAAUGUUUUCUCCCCCGGCGAAAACUCGCGCCACUCGAGGAGGCUGACCGGCGCGCCCUGAGCUCUUCUUCGCGGAAGGCCCUCGCGUAUUUUUCUCAAGAUGGCCGCACCCGAAUAAGCGAGCCUGAAGAGGGUCCCGAAGCCGAGCUCGGGGCGAUAUCGCUCCAGGGUCUUUAUAAGGACGCGAAGGAGCUAAGGAAAACUGAGCGCAAGGCUCGCCUGUCCUUAGGACAGGUGGUAUACGAUUAUACACUUCCCCGAGCCCCACCCCCAGGUCCUCUGCUCCCCUUUUAUAAACGGUAUAGAUGAUAUAUCGCACUGUAGAUGUUUUAGAGAACGUUAUAUCUUAGGUAUAUAUAUAUUAUAUAUAUAUUAUAAAUAUAUAAAUAUAUAUACGCGCGAGCUUUUUUAUAGGAAUUUUAAGUGGCUUUUAUUUAAAAGAAAGAACGGUGAUCCUCGAUUUCGAUACUAUGUAAGGCGGAUUCAUUUGAGAGAGAGAGAGAGAGAGAGAGAGAGAGAGAGAGAGAGAGAGAGAGAGAGAUAACGUGUGAAAGGGAGGGAGAGAAAGAGAGCGAGAGAGCAGUGCGCGAACGCACUUUGACGUCCAUUGUAAAUAUCGGUGCAAUAGCGAGACCUAAAAUUAAUCUUAUUUGUCGGAAAGUGUUUGAGCACUAUUUUUAAAAAAAGGAUUUAAAAAACAACAACAAUGAUACGGAGGGAAAGGACAGACGGAGAAGAGAUACGCGUCGAGGUACGGGGACGUCCGCUUUUUUUUAUGUCGGGGGCAAUUACGCUGAUUACGCUGAUUACGCUGAUAAGUGGACGUGCCUCGUUCGGGCGGAUUAAGAAGGCGCGAUUCGAUUUACUUUAAUUUUUUAAGGGAGGAGUCCGAGCGGAGGACUGCUGAGAUCAUGGGUGAAUCUUAAACUUAGGUGAGAAAGGGAGCGAGAAUAUUGCGUAUAUAAUAUUGUGUAUGUAUAUCCACUCUUGAAGUAGACGACUCGCAGAGAGAGUGAGAGAGAGAGAGAGAGAGAGAGAGAGAACGUGACCGCACUCUAUUAACCGUACUCCGUGAAAACAAUGACUGGAAACGAGUAUUCCUGUUUGCUGAUGGUAACAAAAACACUAAUUAAGAGCUAAGGAUAUAUAGUAGAGGUAUUCCCAUUGAUAUUUUUGAUGAUGUAAGACUUAGUUUGCGCUCGGAACACUCGUAGCACUUGGCCACUUGUUAAGCAACCCGAAGGAGGUAAUUGUAAUCGUAAUCCACGUUAUAGGAAGAGAAUGGGCCUCGCGUUUCCGCUUCCGGUCCACUUAAUGCCCAAGUUACUCCGGACGUACUCUCAUAUGUGCCCAUAAUUAUGAAAGUGGUCUAAGUCAAAAUUAAAAAAAAAAAAAUGAGUUUAUCAGUUAUUUCACGCCAUAUUAUUUCAAACGAAAUUAAUUCAAUGUAAUUUCGAAAGAAAAAAUAUAUGACUUAGACCACUUUCAUAAUUAUGGGCACAUAUGGGGUCGAUAUCUUCGUUUCUGGGUGAUAAGAGGACCGAAAGGGGAAUUCACCGAUGCCUACGGGGCGAGUCAUCCAUUUUGUCGAAACUAAUAUUAGGUUGAUGCCUAAUGGCGUAUCCCUUUUUUUUUCUUUUCUUUUUACACCUUACGUUACGCGUCGAAAACGCCAUUACGUACGCAUCGACCUAAUAGUCCCUGGAAAGCGAUUCUGGGGGAAAUGUGAAAUUUCUAGGGCGCAAGUCGUACGCGAGAUCGUUCAUUGACUCGUUCUGUAGAAUCGGGUGAACAUGUAGAUUUUGUGAUAUGUGUAUAUAUACAUAUAUAUAUAUACACACACCAGGGUGCAGAAAAUAGCGGUCGUUGAUUCGCGCGAGCGGCGCCCCUUUACACGCGCCGAGAUAUGGAAAAUGGAUUUAAAAAAAGGAAAAAAAGGAAAUUAAGAAAAAUUACCCGCGCCGAUGACACGACCUCGCCUUCCCGCGAACAGUUUUUUUUUUUUUUCAAGGAAAUCGACCUUCGCAGCGAGUCUAAAAAAAAAAAAGAAAUAGCAUCGACUCGAUACGUCGGAUCUAAUCGCGAGCGAUGUAAUGAAAUUCACUUGGUCGGCGGAAGGGAAACAGGAAAUGGAAAAGAAAAAAAAAGAAAGAAAGAAAAGCGAGUCGAGAUACCACCGCGUCGCGAUAAGCCCUCUUUUAAUCCCUCGUGGGAAUUAUAAUUACCGUCUCUAUACGGAAGUUCCCUCGGUUGCUUUACGAGUGAGCCAAUGAUCGAUCGUCUUUAUCUAAGUAUAAUUUUAUACGACUAACUCCCCCCCCUCCCCCCCCCCCCACAGACCCGCUACAACCCUUUUAGCGUUUUAUUCGUCACGAAGAAAAGUAGAUCUGCUCAUCGUCACCAUUUUAAUUUAAUCUCUCGACACGCGUACACACACAGACACGUACAUACACACGUCAUUGCGUCUUAAUGGAUUUUUUAUGGAUUAAGUAAGCGGCGAACUCCUCGCCACCCACCCACCCCCCGCCCAACCCUUUCCGUUCUACACGUAUAUAUUAUUAUAAUGAAUUACUCUUAACUAAUUAUUUCUUCUUUUGAUAUAAAAUAAGACUAAGACAUACCAAAUGAGAAAUGUAAGGACAAGUUUUGUUAGGGUUAGUACUAUCGCAUAUCAAGAGAGCAAAAAUACAUGCGCUGAUGCACUCUGUAUUGCCUAUGCACGUCCCGGUAAGUGCAUCGGGGCGCACAAGACCACUUUUACUCUAGCAAGAGUAUACGACUAGAAGUAUUAAUAUUUAAUAUGAAUAAUCAAGACGAUCCAAAAUGAGUGGCUAUAUAUGUAUGUAUUUUUUUUUUUCUUUUUUUUGUUCGAGGGGUCGCGACUGUUUCCUUCGUUGCUUUACACGCGAAUCCCUUGGUCGGGUCUGAAUUACGUGCGUUGACGAUGCAGUUUCAUUGCAGCGAUGCAUACGAUUAGGCAAUGACGAACUACUUACUUUUUUAUAUACCUUUCUACCGAGGCGGUCGUUAAGCAAGCCAGCUAGUGUUCUUAACCGCGUUAAGAGGGCGUGAGAGUGGCGACCGAAAGCUCAAUCGUUUAUGAUACUUUCCUCUGAACUGGGUGUACCGAUUCGCCUAAUACUUGAGAACGUGAUCGUCGAGGGCAUAAGGAAGGUCCUGGCACUCGUGAAGUUUCAUUUUUUAGAGAAAAAAAUUCAAGAUACCUAUAUAGAAGCUUUGUCAAAAUUGAAAUUUCAUGGCCGCCAGGACCUUUUUUAGGGUCUCUAGGUUUACAUUGUCAAGUUUGAAAGGAUUUUCGGGUAACCCAGUUUGGAGGAAAGCUUCGUAAAAAUAAGACCUCUUUGGUGCCACUUUCGUCCCGCCUUAAAACGUAAUCGGACACCCUGGAUCCCAGUAACUCGUGAUUUACUUAUACGCCCGACAUUAUUUAUGUAGUGAUUAAAAGCGAUUUUAUUUGAUCAAUUUCUUGCAAUUUAUUGACGGUGUCGAGCUGCUCGAUUAGGCCACCUUUGAUUUCGAUCGCUUCGAUUGGAGUUAUUCGCUUCCAGUCGGAGCUCAAAUUGUAGUCGGAUUACUUUGAAGUAGUUACGUUAAGUUACUGGUGAAAUAGCUUUAACUAAUGUCGAAGGCACGAGUAUUGCAAAUUCCUUCCUUGUCAUUUUUAAAACGGUUUAAGGAGGAGGAAGUCUACAAAUAUAUAUAUAUAUUUUUUCCACGGCGUUUAGUAGUACCUAAAACUUUCACAUAUAUAUAUAUAUGUAUUCGUAAGCACAUGUGCAGUUUAUUGAUUUAUAUUGGACCUCGCGUUUAAAUGUCGCGUAGAGUUUUAACACCGCAGAGAAAGUCUAAAUAGGCUAUUUGGUUUAAGAUAUUCAUUUAAACUUGACGGAUCGAUUUUAUAAUGUUACGUGGAUCGGUGACGUCAUUUUUUACGGAAAUUGAUAAUCUGUAUCCGACUUCGGGGAGAAAAUUAAACUGCGUUGAGCCACCGGAAUCAAAAGUGACUAUUAAUAUGUUAUCUGAUUAAUGCACUCGUGUCCCUUUUUCGUUUAAGAUUUACAUUCAGACCGAUCAAGCUUAAUUUUUAUGCAAAUUUUGAGACUCGACGUGGUCUCGCGCUAAGCACGUAAAAUGCGAAGAGAUAAUUUGAUAUUAAUUCUGCCGACGCUGUUUUCAAAAUUGACAAAAUAUCCGAUUAUACAUGAUUGCCAGGGAAUUCCUCGCGUUGGAAAUAAAUCAUUUAAGUGUCUUAUAA